AAGAAGCAACACUAGUCUUCUACAUUUCCACUGCUACUACAUGUGUCUCUAAUGCAUCCCACUCCUUUUCUUCUCUGCCACCUACAUAUCAUAUUCUCUCUUCCCCAAACACACACUCCAUUAACAUCCAAUCACCAAUAACUAUGGCUUUACAGCAACCAUUUCUCUCUGAGUUACUCCACUCAACUUCAAAGAGGUCACUGCCAACUACAUUGACCACAAGAAGCACAAUUCUUUCUCUACAACUACCUCAAAAACACAAUCUUUAUCUUCACAACAAGCAGUUGAAGAAACAGGAGAGAUUAAGUUGUUAUGCAAUUGCAGAGAAUAUAAGAGGUGGGAUCUCUUCAUCUGAAAAUGAUGAUCAAAGUGUGCUUUUGGAAAAUUCAAGCUUAGAGGAAUUGAGGGGACAAAGGGAAAUUGUUGGUUAUGAUUGGACAGAAGAGUGGUAUCCUCUGUAUUUGACCAAGAAUGUUCCUGAUGAUGCACCUUUGGGUCUCACUGUCUUUGAUAAACAAGUUGUUUUGUACAAGGAUGGCAGUGGUGAACUCAGAUGCUUUGAAGAUCGAUGUCCACAUAGAUUAGCCAAACUCUCUGAAGGACAACUGUACGACGGCAAACUGGAAUGCUUGUAUCAUGGUUGGCAGUUUGAAGGAGAUGGUAAAUGUGUGAAGAUACCACAGCUACCUGAAAAUGCUAGAAUUCCUCGAUCAGCUUGUGCCAAGAAAUAUGAAAUUAGGGAUUCCCAGGGAGUAGUUUGGAUAUGGAUGUCUCAAAGAACACCACCUAAUAUUAACAAAAUCCCCUGGUUUGAAAACUUUGAAAGGGAAGGAUUUCGAGACAUUUCUACAACUCAUGAGCUCCCUUAUGACCACUCUAUUCUUCUGGAAAACCUCAUGGACCCAGCUCAUGUCCCGAUAUCACACGACAGGACAGAUUUUACAGCAAAAAGGGAAGAUGCUGGACCACUAUUUUUCGAGGUAACAGAAAGGACUAACCGGGGGUUCGCAGGAUGGUGGGGCAAGGAAAAAGAUCAAGGCAAAGCAAACUAUACACCGAACUUCUUACGUUUUGAAGCUCCUUGUGUUCUUCAUAAUAGCAGAGAAAUUGUUGAUGAGAAUGGGGAGAAGCAUUACUUUUCAGGUCUUUUUCUUUGUAGACCAUCUGGUCAGGGAAAAUCCAUGCUUAUUGUCCGGUUCGGAAACACAAGAAAAAGAACUGGGAUACUUAAAUUUAUCCCAAACUGGUUCUUGCAUCAGAAUGCAGGCAAAGUUUUUGAGCAAGAUAUGGGGUUCCUUUCAUCCCAAAACGAAAUCCUAAUGAAAGAAAAGGUUCCCACUAAGAAAUUGUACUUGAAUCUAAAGUCGUCGGAUACAUGGGUAGCUGAGUACCGGAAGUGGAUGGACAAAGUUGGACAUGGAAUGCCUUAUCAUUUUGGUCACAGCACCAUUUACCUGCCCCAACAACCUGCUGUUGUCGAGCACGCCCCUGCUGGUUUCGUUGCCAAUAUUUCGGCAGCUCAGCCAGCUAAGGGAGGAAUAGGUGGAAUGUAUGCUCCGAAUCCCGCCAACAGAUAUUUCAGGCAUGUAGUCCAUUGCAAGGAUUGCAGAAAUGUUGUUAAAGCUUUUGAGACUUGGAAAAAAGCUCUAUCUGUUGUAGCUCUAGUGUCAACUGCAUUGGCAAUUCUAGUGUCAGGAAGACAGUGGAAGGCCCUACUUUUGCUUUCAACAUCACUAUGUUUAGCUGGAAUAUAUGCCUGCUCAACAGCCAUUGCAAUGAAUACAACCAACUUCAUAAGGAUUCAUAGAAGAUUGUAAACUUAAUUGAAUUCCUUUGUCUAUUCAGUAUGUUUUCCUUCCACUUCCCUUUUUGCUGCUGUGAUUUUUCUUCUUAGAACUAGAAUUUUGUGGACUCUUAAACUCAGUUUCUUCAUACUGUUGAAAUAUGUGUAUAUACUCAAAUUGCACUCGACAAA